CAGUGCACUGAAAUGUAGGUCUUCAACCAACUGUAAUCUGUUAACUAAGUAUUUGUCCAAACCAUAAACAAAUCAAAAUAUGACAGAGGUUUAAAUACUGACACCUGUCACCUUAUGUAAAGUCUGUUGCAGUAAAAACAUACCAACGUAUUUUAUUGUGAAAAUGAAUUCUUCAAGAGCUUUAUGCAGAGCCAUAGUUGGACGCAGAUAUUGUUCCCAUUCAAAUCGUAUAACCUACAAUGAUUUGCCUCUGCCAGGAGGAUGUUGGCAAACUGAAUAUGAUCGCAACCAACGUAGGUACAAUAUGCAUCUGAUCCUAGGUGUUGUUUCUCUUGCUGGUACCAUAGCUUUUGGAAAAAUGUGUGGUUACUUGGAUUUUGAUUUGGAGGGCCAACCUGAAAACCCAGCUAAGGUAAACGAAUACAAAGAGUGAAUUAGUGAUCAUAUGGCCAUUGUUUUGUUCUUUUGGUCAUGGUAUUGGAGUAAAUUG